AGAGGUGUAAAGAGUGGAAGACACUCGGCGGUAAACAGCCGGAGUUUGAUCUGACAUCCGAGGGUUUGCUCACCUUGGUCGAGGGCAUAAACGAAGCAUAUGCGGUAGAGGUGUGUCGUUGACCGAAAAAGUGUCAUUGGAGGAAGAUCAAUUGUCAAGGAAUUGGUAAGGGACAUACUCAAUCCGCAACAUACAACCUACACUCCUCCAAAGGCAUUGGAUCUCCAAGUCACUGUUGAUAUGUCACCCCUGUCGAUGACACCCGCUUGAGCCUCAUCGUUCUCUCGGGCCCAGACAUCUGCCGUGAUCCACCAGCCGAAGCUUAGGCACCGUUGACUGGCAGGGAUGCUAGCUAUCACCACCACCACCACCACCACCACCACCACCACCAACCUGCUGGGUGGUGCUUGGUCAGGGGUAUAAGUGUUCGGGUCCCUCUCCCGACCUCGGAUGAGAGAUAUUCCCCCAAGUCGUUGGCCUUUAACUUGUCUCGUCCAGUUGCCUAUCACUCCGUCACCAGUCUACAAUACCCAUGAGAGUGGAGCGCUAGACUUAUUCGCCAACACUCCCUCCCGCCUUGUUCCUGUCGCUUAUUCUACUCCAGCCGCUGAUCGCCUACUAUGGCCGACACUCGAAAGCCAGCCGAAGCAGGCCCGGCAAGACACUCUCACGGCGCACCAUCAGCUUCGUUCCGUGCGUGUGCCCACCUUGUUUUGGAAUUAGCUCUACCCCUCUGUCGCUUGUCUUUCUGCCCCGUUGUCCCGUUCCCGAACACGAGCUUCGUCCUGACCCCCACUCAUCGCUCAUCUCACGGUUUGAAUUUCAUCGUCUAAUGGAUCACACAGCAACCCACAACUCGCCGCGGACGUGGUUUCUCACAUCCUCGCUAUCACCGCUAUGUAUACGGUUGAUCCGGUUAUUACUAGCACACGGUGACUACGUGGUGGCCUGUCUACCACCGGCAGAAAUCGAAAACGACGACAGAAGCGCCGAGUUCCGUGAGCUCAUCAACGAAUGCAAGAGCAACCGCAAAGACCGCGAAGGAUGGAAAGAUCGAAUCAGGGGUAUCCGGUGCGACGGCCGGGUAAUGGGGCAGAGUGGUGCUGCCAUAGCGGAAGCCGUCCAAGUCUUUGGCCGAAUUGAUAUCUUGCUAUGUUGCAAGUUUGAAGCUGUCAUCGGCACGGUAGAAGAACUCUCCACCACCCCCCGGACCCGCAACCUCGUCCGCGACCAGUUUGAAACCAUCUUCUUCUCCCAAGUCAACUUUAUCAAAGCCGCCCUCCCCCAGUUCCGCGCUCAGCACACAGGCCACAUCAUCAUUCUCACUAGCAUCGGCGGGCAUAUCGGUACCCCGGGCAUGUCGAUCUACACCGCCGCCACCUGGGCCCUCGAAGGCUACUGCGACUCCUUGGCCUACGAAAUCGCCCCCUUCAAUAUCAAGGUCACUGUUGUCCAACCCAACAAGGAGAUCCAAUCCCUCACCAACAAGAUCGUCUUCGCGCCUCAGCUACCGUACUAUGACUCUGAUGUGAACCCAGCACCGUCGGUGAGGGAGAUUUACGGGAAUAUGCUGAACGCCAACCCAGAGACGGCGAUUGAUCACCUCGUGGGAGCGGAGGAGAGGCCGGAUGAUAUACAAUAUCGAUAUCCUAAACUGCCGGCGGCGGCGUAUGACAAGCUGGUGAUGGAGACGGUGCAUGCCUUGACGGCCAUUGGGGGGCAUGAGAACCCGCCGGCGAGGCAUAUUGUUGGGUUUGACGGGGCGAUUGCUGUGAAGGAGAAGUUGAAGACGGUGACGGAGGAGUUGGAGGAUUUUGUGGAGGCGAGCGUGGCGGUGGAUAUUUUUGAUAGUGAACUGAAGAAGGAGGCGAGGCAGGGGGGGGGAGAUAGGGAGGAGGGAGGGGGUGGGCAGGGGAGGUAUAUGAGCGAGGAUGUGCAGAUAGGGAUAAUGUGA